CCAGCGCGCCAGCCUCGAAGUGAUUGGUUUCAGUGUGUGUCGCUCCAGGGUCGUGAGCCCGCUAUUGGAGAGUUUCCUUCGCAGCGUCACGCUGCCGGAGUGGAUUAGGGCCAAGUGCGGAGCGCGAGGAACUGUCGGGGUGUGUGUCGCAGCCGCUCUUCCUCGGCGGUUUGCGGGUCUCAUAUUAUGGCGGAGGUGGUGGUGGCGGCGGUGGCGGCGGCGGCGGCUGCCGAGGGAGAGAGCGUGAAUGCAGUUCCUGUUGCAGGUGCCGACAGCAAUGGUGAACCUCCUGAAGUCGAAGGAGAAGGUGUUGGAGCAGUGGGCGAAGAGAAGGAUGCCGCCACGAAAGGAGCCGAGGCAGUUGGAGACAGCGAGGAGGACGGAGAAGAUGUGUUUGAGGUGGAAAAGAUUCUGGACAUGAAGACCGAGGGGGGUAAAAUCCUUUAUAAAGUUCGAUGGAAAGGAUACACAUCAGAUGAUGAUACCUGGGAGCCUGAGAUUCAUCUUGAGGACUGUAAAGAAGUUCUUCUUGAAUUUAGGAAGAAAGUUGUGGAGAACAAAGCUAAGCCAGUUAAGAAGGAUAUUCAGAGACUGUCCUUAAAUAAUGACAUAUUUGAGGCAAAUUCUGAUAGUGAUCAGCAAAGUGAGACAAAAGAAGAUACUUCUCCAAAGAAGAAAAAGAAAAAAUUAAGAUAUAGAGAAGAGAAAAGCCCAGAUGAUAUGAAAAAGAAAAAAGCAAAGACUGGGAAACUCAAAGAUAAAUCCAAACCAGACCUGGAAAGCUCCUCUGAAAGUUUUGCUUUUGAUUUAAGGACAAAAAAAAGAAUUUCAGAAGCCAAAGAAGAAUUAAAGGAAUCCAAAAAACCCAAGAAAGAGGAUACAAAAGAAACAAAGGAAUUAAAGAAAGUUAAAAAGGGUGAAAUAAGAGAUUUAAAGAAUAAAUUAAGAGAAGAUUCUAGAGAAAACAGAAAAACAAAAAAAGAUAAAUGUCUUGAAUCUCAGUUGGAAUCUGAAUCAAGUAUACUUAAUGACUCCCCUUUUCAAGAAGAUGACAGUGAAGAUUUACAUUCUGACAACAGAGAAGAGAAACAGAAGAUUAAAAGCAUAAAAGAUAAAGCAGGGCAAGAUGCAAUUCAAGAUGAUUUUGAUAAACAGCCAGAUGACUUUGUGAGUGCUGAUGAGGAUGCAGAUGUCAAAGCAAAGAGAAGAAAGAAACUGAGAAAGACCGAGGAACUUAAAGAGAGCAAAACACUAGAAAACAGGAAUCUUUUCCUAGAGAAGAAAACUAUAUACAAGAAGCAAAGGAAUCAGGACAAAGGCAGAAGCACCACAGAGUUUGAUAAGCUGCUGCCUUUACCUGUCCAGACACAGAGGAGUUCAAGAGCAGGUGUGGAAGAGAGAGGACUCAGGUCCCCUGACUCAGGUGGAGAGGAGAAAGAGAUUAAAAAAAAUGAACCCAAAGAGAAAAACCAGAAAAGGCAUGAUUUGGACAAGGAAGAAAAAGGCCGUAAAGAGCCAAAGGGAUUAAAGACCUUUAAGGAAAUCAGAAAUGCAUUUGAUUUAUUUAAAUUAACUCCAGAAGAAAAAUGUGAUUUUCCUGAGAAUAAUCGGAAAAGAGAAGAAAUAUCACUAGAUUGUAAAAUCACAGAAGAUCACAAAACGAAGGAAAACAAGCAGUUACUUAAAGAAAGGAGAAAUACAAGAGAUGAAACUGAUACUUGGGCGUAUAUAGCUGCAGAAGGUGAUCAAGAGGUUCUAGACAGUAUGUGCCAAGCAGAUGAAAAUUCUGAUGGCAGACAACAGAUUUUGAGUUUGGGCAUGGACUUGCAGUUGGAAUGGAUGAAACUAGAAGAUUUUCAAAAGCAUCUUGACGGGGAAGAUGAGAACUUUACCACAGCAAAUGCAAUUUCAAGUAAUUUAUUGAGGGAUGCUGUGAAAAAUGGGGAUUAUAUUGCUGUAAAAGUUGCACUUAAUUCAAAUGAAGACUAUAACCUGGACCAAGAGGAUUCAAGCGGGAUGACUCUGGUGAUGCUUGCUGCAGCAGGAGGGCAAGACGACCUGCUGAGGCUCCUCAUCAAGAAGGGGGCUAAGGUGAAUGGCAGACAGAAGAAUGGGACCACUGCCCUCAUUCAUGCAGCUGAGAAGAACUUUUUAACUACAGUGGCUAUUCUUUUGGAAGCAGGAGCUUUUGUUAAUGUCCAGCAGAGCAAUGGUGAGACUGCUCUAAUGAAGGCCUGUAAAAGAGGAAAUUCUGAUAUUGUACGACUUGUAAUCGAAUGUGGAGCUGACUGCAAUAUUUUGUCGAAGCACCAAAACAGCGCACUGCAUUUUGCAAAGCAGUGUAACAAUGUGUUGGUGUAUGACUUGCUGAAGAAUCACUUAGAGACACUUUCAAGAGUAGCAGAAGAAACAAUAAGGGAUUACUUUGAAGCACGUCUUGCUCUAUUAGAACCGAUUUUUCCAAUAGCAUGUCAUCGUCUCUGUGAGGGACCAGAUUUUUCAACAGAUUUCAAUUACAAACCCCCACAGAACAUACCAGAAGGCUCUGGCAUCCUGCUGUUUAUUUUCCAUGCCAAUUUUUUGGGUAAAGAAGUUAUUGCCCGGCUCUGUGGACCAUGUAGUGUACAAGCUGUAGUUUUAAAUGAUAAAUUUCAACUUCCAGUUUUUCUGGACAGUCAUUUUGUUUACUCGUUCAGCCCUGCUGCAGGCCUCAAUAAACUCUUCAUAAGAUUGACGGAAGCGCCUUCUGCCAAGGUUAAACUGCUAAUAGGUGCAUACAGAGUACAGCUGCAGUGACGGAACGGAGAGUUGGGAUGGAGUGAUUUCCAGGCCUAUUUUGGAACUCUGGCACAGCUAACACCUCUAGAAUUGAAGUUUCAUCUGUAAACCUCUUGCAGUUUCAGGCCUGUUAUCUGUUACAGGCUCUAACACAGGACAUGGUGGUUCUAAUAUAUUAUAAAAUAUAGAUGUAAGUAUUUGUGCCAGUGUUCUGAAAUUUUGAUGUCUCCAGACUGCAUAGUUCAGUUUUUCCACAAUGUGGAAAGGUACAUGGGAGGAUUAUUUAAGAAAAUCAAGUCUUUUUUUCUAACUUGAAAUUUUCUACUAGCCCUGGUGAGUUUCUGCAUUAAAAACAAUUAAGUGUGGAUGUGAUCUUCAAGUCCCUGAAGCACUAAAUAAGGUAUCAAUUUGCUGCCCGUAGAGGAUGACUUUCUAACUUGGUAGGCAGAUUCGAGGGAAGAGGUCUGAGUUUUUUGUGAUAUGCAGUUUCCACAGAUCCUGAAUGGGAGGUGACAACUUUGUGUAUCUGCCGUUACCCUUUAUUCUUUGAAAAGAUAAUAAAUCAGAAUCUAAGAUACAGGGGGAAAAAAAAAAGAAAGAAAAAAUAUAUGUAAGCCAGGACACUGUGGGCCUAAAGAACAUAGAACUUGUGGAUUUUUAUCCUUGUUCUUUCAUUUGUCAAGUAAUCUUCAAAAGCCAGAUCCUGUGCCCUUAUUGGGAACACCGGGAAGGCCAGCCAAGGCUUAUUGGCCAUACUGUGCCUCAUGUGAAGAGUUACUGCUUCUAGAGAUUCCCCACAGGUCUUUCAUAGUCGCUUAAGAAGUAUUUGGCUAACUAAAAAGUCUGCACUUGGAGAUUAUAAAAUUAUUUAGUUCAUGAUUGGUUUUAUGAUUUUAAUGAAAAAUUUUCAGAAUGUCAUACAGUAGACCACAUACAUUGUAUAGACAUUUCAGAGAGCCAUUUUUUACUUUACGUACUGCCUUUUCCUACAAUGUUCUCAAUAAAACACCAAAUGUUGGUCCAUUUUCUUUGUAUAUCGAGUCUCAGGACUUCAAAACCAGGGGGAUACUAAUGUGUAAUUUUUUAGCUAAAUGACAGCUGGGAUUGGAAUUGUUUUCAUCUACAUUGAGUCAUGUAUGACUAGCACUGUAUCUGACUUCACAGCUUUCUAGGAAAAAAGUUGUGAGAUUUGAGUUAGUGGUGUGGGUCACGAACAGUCAGGGAGAAAUGCAUUUUUAAAGAAAAUUUCUGUCUCAAAAUCCUGCUUAAGAUAGUAUUAUCUUACUCUUUACAAGAGGCAAGUUAAUCCAAGAGGGUAGGCCAGGCUAGAAAUCAAGUGGGAAAUCUGAUGAAUAAUUUCCUUAGAAGUUUAGGUUCAGAAGUAUGAAAGCUGGGAAGUCAGCAAGGAUUAAAAAACAAAAAAACCGGGGCACCUGGGUGGCUCAGUGGAUUAAAGCCUCUGCCUUCAGCUCAGGUCAUGAUCCUAGCUAGGGUCCUGGGAUCGAGCCCCGCAUCAGGCUCUUUGCUCCACGGGGAGCCGCUUCUUCCCCUCUCCCUCUCUCUGCCUACUUGUGAUCUCUCUGCCAAAUAAAUAAAAUCUUAAAAAAAAACAACAGGGGCACCUGGGUGGCUCAGUUAUUAAGCAUCUGCCUUGGGCUCAGGUCAUGACUGAGCCCACAUCAGGCUCCCUGCUCUGCUCUGUGGGAAGGAAGCCUGCUUCUGUUCCCUUCUCUCACGAUCUGUCAAAUAAAUAAAAAUCUUUAAUUUUAUUAAAUAAAUAAAAUCUUCAAAAAUCAAAAACGUGUUAACAUGAAGGAAAUAACUCAGCAAGUUAUUUUGACAGAAGCAGGGUCAGAGAAGGAAGACAAAAGUGUGAGUUAUUUGAGGUAACACAACCUUUGAGUUGUCCAUCUCAACUUCUACCAGUUUUAUUUAUGCCAGAUGUGGCAGUAAGUUAUGUAAACAGUUAUAUCUACUAGGAAUAGAAAAUAGAGCCACAGAAUUUAAUACCUUUUGUUCUAAACUAUACCUUCUCUAUAGCCAAAUGAAAACCAUACCUGUCCACUCUGAACGGUCUGGUUUCUUAAGGAUGGAGAAGACUUGAAUUGUUUAGAGACUCGCACUUGAGUGGUUUCUUGCUGGUUCUCUGACUAGGCAGCUAAUUCCAUCAGAUACUGAUAAUGCUGUUACUUUGACAUUUAAAUAAAAUUUGUACAAAGUGUGAGCCAUGGUUUCUCUAGAAAACAAGCCAUUUCUCAAGCAGCACCUUACCAGAUGAUUUACAGAUUUGCUUAGUACUACAGGUCAAAACCAAAGCAGUCUUCUUAGAAAGCAUAUAUGAUACAGAAUAUGUAACUGAGCUUUAUAUUAGGCCAUGGGCAAUCUUAUUAAGCAGAUCCUCAAAACUAGGAUGCAUCAUUGUUCAGCCAGACUCAGAGAAAACCAAAUAGUACACAUUUUUAUUUCAGUUUUAUAUUAACUUAAAAAAAAUAAAUCAGGAGCACCUGGAUGGUUCAGUUCGUUAAGCAUCUGCCUUUAGCUCAGGUUGUGAUCUCAAGGUCCUGGGUUUGAGCCCCACGCAGGACUCCCUGCUCAGGGUGGGUAAGUCUUCUUGUCCCUCUCCCUCUAACCCUCCCCACCCACUGCUCGCUCGCUCAUUCGCAAAUUAAAAAAAAAAAAAAAAAAAAAAAUCAAUCAAUCCUCUCCAGUGCAUAUGGCAGUAAGGACAACAUAACUGGGUUAUUCAAUUAAUUUAAGUUCUGUCAUUCAGAUCUGGUCCACUCUAAUGAGUAUGGUUGUAGUAGAAAGCACAUUAUACAUGGUUUUGUUUUUUUUUUUUUUAAAGAUUUUAUUUAUUUGACAGAGAUCACAAGUAGGCAGAGAGCCAGGCGGGGGCGGGGGGGGGGGAGGGGGGAGCAGGUUCCCUGCUGAGCAGAGAGCCCGAUGCGGGGCUCAAUCCCAGGACCCUGAGAUGAUGACCUGAGCUGAAGACACAGGUUUAAUCCUCUGAGCCACCCAGGCGCCCCAUACAUGCUUUUUUAUCACAAUAGUACCAAAGAGCAGCAUCCAGUAUCCAAACUACUCAAAUGUUGAACAGCUUCAGUUAGGGAGUUUGGUUUAGCUCUGAGAAGAGGUCAUUUGCAUGUAUCAUCUUUCCAAGUCAUUCCUGUCUUAGUGAAAUGUCAGGAGGUUGCAGUUUGAAGCUGAGGUGUUUUUAGAAUUGACUCAGUGUUACACUGGUAGCUUUCAAAGUAAGAAAAUACUAGUGGUGGAAAAAGGCUUAGCAUCCAGAAUAUUAAUGGUGAAGGGACCUGAUAAAGCAUUUACCAUGCAAGUCUGAUGUCUUUAAAGCAAGGAGGAUGAUAAGCAAAGACAAAGGCAAUGGAGGAUAUACACAUCAGCACCGCCAAAAAGUGAUUUAUGAAGUAAGAAUUUGGAGAAUUUGGAAAAUCUUAAUAUUUUAUGCAGUUAAUUUUCAUAGCCUAAAACUAUGUAAGCCCUUAAAACUGUUUUUAAGUUUUUAAAGCUUUAUUGGUCCAAGUGUUGGUAAGUAAGUAAGUAAAGUUGGUAAGUACGUAAAGUUGGUUACCGACCAAGUUGGUUGGCAAGUAAAUGCAGCGAACCACUGAUUAGAACCCACACUGCUUUCCUCCCACCAGUGCUGACUUGCAGGUAAUACUCCUUUCAGACCAGAUCUGGGAUUUCUAAGCCUUCCAUCUUCCUCCGAGUACAGAAGAGCGUUACCAGUAAGACAGAAAAUUGUAAUUACAAUGAGUAAACAAUCAAAUAAGGACCAAAUUAAAAUCGGGAAAUAGUCCUCUGCCAACACCCAGAGCUCCCAAGGACCCCAGCUGGAAUCCUAACCCUAAUACUGGGCAUCAGUUUAACUUGGAAGUAGUUUUCCAUUACUGUACAACACACUCUGCCUUGCUCAUAUCUGCCAUUCUUUGCUUUCUUUGGGCUAAAAAAUAUAAUAUAUAGCUUUAGUAAAACAUGACCUUUCUCACAACAAUGCCAAAUUCUAUGAUGAGCUCCUUAUCGUGGGGACUAACCCAAAAUUGCAGGCCACAUGGGGUGGUAAAAAAUAAUCCCUCUGAUGGUUCCCAUUUAUAGGGAAUUGGAAGUAUGUUGGUUACUCUGUAUUUGUGGGUUACUACACCAUACUACAUUCCAUGGCAAGACCACAUGAAGGGGUAGGUAUACAUCUUAAUAAAAAACAACAACAACAAAACACCUGAAUGAAAAUGGAAGUCUGCAUUAUUCCAGAUUAUUUUAACCAAAGAAAACUCCAUGAGGCAUAAUGUCAAAUUUUAGGAUUACUCAUACAUCCAUAAGUUGUUUACUCAUACAUUCUUAAGUUGUUUAUAUGGAGUAAUAAAUUCACAAAUGAAAUGA